AUUUCCUUCAAAAUGGUCAGCGCGAAAGAUGAAGAUAUUCACAAAAGUGUGUUAAAAUUAAUAGACGACAUUCAUUAUGGUGACAUUAAAGGCACGUACAAUAUUGUGGUGGCAACUAUAUUGGUUUUAAAAGAAAUUAUAAAUAACACAGAAUGGACUACUGCCAAAAAUCUCAUGAGUGUGAUAUCGCGUAAUGGAAAAUAUUUAAUGAAAGAAAUUCCUCUUGAAUUCUGUGUUGGAAAUAUGGUGCGGAGGAUAUUGAAAAUAAUUAGAGAGGAAUAUACUUCAGAAUUACAAAAUAAAACUGAAGAAACGGAUCCCCAGGACUCGUUACAUAAAAUUCUUACUGCAGAGGGUGGUCAACAAAUUGAUUUUAAUAUCUCUGUGCCUUCCCUAAAAUCAGCUCUUAUAGAACACAUAAAUGAAUUUGAGGUUGAAUUAGAAACUUGUGGUGAAAAUAUUAGAUGUCAAGCUUCUGAACAUAUUCAUUCUAAUGAAAUUAUUAUGACAAUUGGCAAAUCGAAUUUAGUAGAAGAAUUUUUUAAAAAGGCAGCUGCAACUAGAGCAUUUGAAGUUAUAAUAGCUGAAGGAGGACCAUCUUUAAAUGGCCAUGAAAUGGCAGUCAACCUUGCCAAGGCAAAGAUUAAAACUACUUUAAUAUCAGAUGCAGCAAUUUUUGCAAUGAUGUCACGUGUAAAUAAAGUGAUAAUUGGUACACAUACAGUCAUGGCAAAUGGGGGGUUGAGAGCAGUUUCAGGUUCACACACAGUUGCUCAAGCUGCAAAACAUUACUCUGUUCCAGUAAUGGUGUUGCUACCACUUUAUAAACUUUCUCCACUUUAUCUUUGUUCACAUCAACAGGAUGGAUUUAAUAAAACCGUUUCUCCAUUACAAGGUGUAAUCAAUGGUGCCAAUGCACCUUUAUUGGAGAGAAUCCAUGUGUACAAUCCAGUAUUUGAUUAUGUACCACCAGAGUUGGUUACCUUAUUUAUAUCAAAUACGGGUGGAAAUGCACCAUCAUAUAUUUACAGAUUACUUAGUGAAUUGUACCAUCCAGAUGACUAUGAAUUAUAAAUAUAUUUAUAUUCGUGUAUGUGUAGUCCAACCACACUUACAUGAUUAACAAACUAUACUCUUUUUAAAAAAAAUGUUUUCGUAUAA